GAGAAAAAGACGACGAGGAAGAAGGAUGUUACGUAGAUUCGAACGAUGUAUAAAAGAGAGAGAAAGAAAGAGACGAACAGAUAGAGAUAGAUAUAGAGAUAUAGAGAAAGAGAUGGAAGAUACGCAUCGAGUUGAUAACAGCGCCGACGGAGCGAGGAUAUCAUAGGUGCGUAUCACGUCGAUCUCCGCGUCGUGGACCUCCGUAAUCCGGUCGAUCUUCAGGGCCGAAGGUGGGGAUCCUUCAUGAGAUCCCGGAUUCUCUCGUUGUCACUGUCGUUCACCAACGUCAUAUCAGUUUUCAAAGAAUAAUCGUCGUUUUCGGACGGUUGGGUUGAUAUAUUUCGUGAAAAGCUGUGCCGACUUUGACGAACUUUCUCGCGAGAGAAAGAGAGAGAGAGAGAGAGAGAGAGAGAGAGAGAGAGAGAGAGAGAGAGAGAGAGAGAGAGAAAGAACUUUUUGAUACUUUAAAGAAAUCUUCCUUCGACCGAUUUCUAUCUAUUCGCAUGGGAAGCAAGUAAGCAAAGUUGCAGUGACGUCGUCGAUAGGUCAUAGGUCUCUCUCUUUCUUUCUUUCUUUCUUUCUUUCCUUCCUUCCUUCCUUCUAUCCUUCUUUCUUUAUUUACUCCUUUCUCUCGAGUGUCAUGUAAAAUGGAAAAUCGUAUGAUCAUACGAGAGAAGCGAGUUUGAAUCGAUCGAAAUAGCGGGAAUAUCUGAGAGAAAGAGACAGAGAGAGAAAGAAAGAGAGAGAGAGAGAGAGAGAGAGGGGGAGGGAGUAAGAGAGAGAGAGAGAGAGAGAGAGAAAGAGGGGGAGAAAUAUCAAGUUCCGUCGCGAGUUGUUGCUACGGUGUCGCGACGGUGUUCGCAUAAUUCGUAAAAGGAAAAGCGAUGCCAAGGACCGGAGAUCGGAAACGGGACGCGACACGGGAUUGAGGUCAUUCAGAGAGAGAGAGAGAGAGAGAGAAAUAGAAAUACAUUUGAGGGUUGACAGUCAUAUAAAGUAGGGCUAGCAACCAUACGAAUAUAUAAAGGAUAAUGAAGAAUUCAAAAAACUCGAGUAAUAACUCGGGCCACGAAAAAAAUGGGCCCGAGAGUUUGAAACUCUUGAGGGUGCCCAAUACCCCACCAACCACCCCAACGACACCCACAACACCAACCAGAGGCCUAGAAGAUGUUUUUAGGGAAUUACCUAUCACGGAUGAUACCUCAUGUGGUAUAUGGUGUCUUCGUGGACCAACCCUACAGAGGUUUGCCAAUAAAAAGGCAUACGUUUUCCUUUAUGGCAUCCUCGGUUGUAUAUUUUCGGCCAGUUACGCGUAUUUUAACGGCACAAUCACCACCAUCGAAAAAAGGUUCAAAAUACCCUCAAAGACUACCGGUCUUAUCACCGUAGGUAACGAUAUUUCUCAGCUGUUCGUCUCGGUGGUAUUGUCUUAUUACGCUGGAAGGGGUCACAGGCCACGAUGGAUCGCAUUCGGAAUUUAUACCGUUGUAUUAUUUUGUUGUUUGACAAUGUUACCACAUUUUCUUUAUGGACCGGGCGAGGAUGCACUGAUGUUGACGAAAGAGUAUGGCGGAAAAUUUCAAAAUCCGGACAACAACACGAUCACCAAUUUGAUCCCCGAUAAAUAUCGAAAAUUUUUGUGUUUGGGCAAAGAUGGCCGUGGGCAAGAGUGCGAGGAUACCGAUAAUAAUUUUGCUCCUCAAGUGUUGCUCUUUAUUGCCCAAUUAGUUUCGGGUGUUGGUGGAUCGCUUUAUUACACUUUAGGUGUUUCUUAUAUGGAUGACAAUAUACAAAAAUCGAAAACUCCUGCGCUCAUAAGUUUUUCAUAUUUUUUGAGAAUGUUAGGUCCAGCGAUAGGUUACGGUCUGGCAUCUUUUGCCUUGAAAUUCUACAUCAGUCCGACCUUGACACCGACCAUUACGACUCAGGAUCCAAGGUGGCUUGGCGCAUGGUGGUUAGGUUGGAUAAUUUUGGCCUUUUUGCUCUUCGUAUUUGCAUGCAUUAUCGCUCUCUUCCCAAAAACUCUACCAAGAGCAGCGGCUCGGAAAGUGUUAGCCUUAGAAAGAAAUAAAUCGGCUGCUAGUAUCAAGGGAAACGAUCAAGAACCUGAACUUCCUGCUUCCUUGUCAGACAUGUUAAGAACGUUCAAACGUUUACUGACUAAUACGACCUUGAUGUGCAAUAAUCUAGCUACGGUUUUUUAUUUUAUGGGUUAUAUGCCAUAUUGGAUUUUUAUGCCGAAAUAUAUCGAAACUCAGUACAAACAAUCAGCAUCAGUUUCUUCGUUGAUCACCGGUACUGUUGGUCUAAUUUCUAGUGCUUUUGGAAUUUUAUUAUCUGGCUUAAUAAUCUCCAAAUAUAAGCCAAAAGCUAGAUAUUUAGCAGCAUGGAACGUUAUGGUUGGUGCCAUAUCCAUCAUGGGAAUAAUUUCUUAUGCCUUUUUGGGAUGUUCUGCAAACGACGAUCAAAUGGCUAUUCAAUCGAACGGAGUACUGAAAACCCAAUUACCUUGCAACGAGCUUUGCCAUUGUGACUACGUUACGUAUAAUCCAGUCUGCUCAGAACAUGGUCAAACAUUCAUUUCAGCCUGUCACGCCGGUUGUAGGAGCAUGAAGCUUUACGGAGACGGUAGCAAAGUCUAUACCGACUGUAGUUGCGUGAAAUCAAAAUUUUCUCACGUUUUAACGCAUUUCAUUAUGGCGAACAACACUUCAAGCUUUACAACCGAGAUAACCACAGAGAUGACGGAAGCCGAGUCGAUGCCAACUUUAGGUACAGCGAUACCCGGGGCCUGUCCUGUCGAUUGCAUGAGUAAAUUUCAUAUAUUCCUCGCGGUUAUGUGUCUACUCAAGUUUAGUGGUGGUACCGGAAGGGCAUCGAACUUUCUUGUUUCCGUAAGAUGCGUUGACGAAAAAGAUAAAACAGUAGCUAUGGGUUUUAGCUUGACUAUUAUGAGUUUAUUCGCCUUUAUACCGUCACCUAUUUUAUUUGGAUUCAUUUUAGACAAAACUUGCCUCGUAUGGGGUAAGACGUAUACAGGAACUGGAAAUUGUUGGCUCUACAAUGGCGAGGCUCUUAGAUACUUGCUGAACUUCACCGCGGCGAGUUUCGUAAUCAUCGGAACAUUGUUCGAUAUUGGUGUCUGGUAUUACGUGAAAGAUGUAAAAAUCUUCGACGAAGAAAUCGAAUUAGAGGAUAUCACGGAGGAGCCAGGUGAUACACUUUGAUAGAAUUUGAUGUCGUGUUAUUCUUCAAAACGAGACGCAAGCAAAUUUGAGACGAAAAGAGUUGAAGAAAAAAAAGAAAAAAAGAGAGAGACUUGAGUAACGAAGAAUAAGAAAGGAAAAAAGAUAAAAGGCCGGCGAAUAAAGACUUUACAAGUACCUUAAGAAUCAUUUUAAAUAUUUAAAGCUCGUGAUAUAUAUAAGAUCGAAAUCUUAUAUUGGUUUAUCAUUUGGAAGAGACUAUUUGUCGAACAGAACUUAGUCUCCUUUCAAUUAAUUUUACUAACGUUCUCAUUUACUUGAUAUCUGUGUGAUCAUACGAAUUAAAACUGUAAAAAUUAAUUAUUUCUUCUCGUAGGAAUCAUAUUCAUAAUCGACGAAAAUUAAAUUAAGCUAAUCACCGAUGAACGAGAAUGUCAUUAACAGGAAUCUUGUAUAUGUUGCUUGAGAAAAAAAUAAUGAAAUAUUUUAUGAUA